CAUUACGAAAGUGUCUCGCACUUUGAACUGGUAAUUUUAUAUUAAGUUAUCUCUGCGUUCUUUGUGACUGCUAUCGAAGCUACUGCAACAAGACUUUAUUAAUCAAGAAUGACUUCAUAUUUUUGCAAUACAGUAGCUAUUUAUGUAUUUUUCUCCCUUUGCUCAUGGCGUAGUCUCGCCAGGGAUGAUGACAAGAACUCAAAGGUUCUUCUUACAAAUGAUGGACCGACAACAAUCGGAGGAAGAACCAUUCUUUCUGCUGUAGUUUUGAAUUGUCCUGGUGCAAACCGUUAUUGCUGGGAGACGUCCGAGGGAAAAAAUUGUUCUAAACUUAAAAAAACUGAAACCAGUCUAGUUGUUGACAACUGGUCGUCUCCAGGGAAGAAGACAUUUACCAUUAUAAUUGAGGUUGCUUAUCCGCAUUAUAAGGAAUGUGGACAAAAUACUACUGUCGUAGUCGUAACAGAUACAAUCAAUGCUCAGCUUACAGUGUCUCCUGGUCCUUACCACCAUCAUUACUUUGUUGGACCUGUUAAUAUAUCUGUACCAGUGCAUGAUCCAAGUCAUCUAUUCGACCCUGACAAAAUCACUUAUACAUGGAAUUUCAAUGAUAGUACAUCACCAGUAAUAAACCAUUUGAACAAAAUGAUAUAUAAUUUUACAGAGGACAGAGUUUAUAGUAUUUCUGUCUUCAUAACAGCCCAUGCAUUAGGAAAACUCUAUAAUGGAACUGUGGCAAAAACAUUACCCUUUAAAGUUAACUUUUCUCCAGCUCUUCAAGUCUAUAACCUACAUGAUCACACACCUUUGUCAGUGUUACGACUUGUGCCACCAACCAAGGAUAGAGUAUAUGUGGCAUUAGGUCCAGUAGAGUUCAUUAUAGCUUACAAUGAUCCUUACUCAUUAGUCAAGAAUGUGACAACAGGGUGGAACUUCCAUGAUGGUCCAACAUUUCCACAUUUGCCUGGGAACAACAUAAGCUAUAACUUCACCAUAGUUGAGGACACAUAUGUCUGGGCAACACCAAGAUUUGUAACUCCAAAUACGAAUGAAGUUAUUCCUCUUCUAACUUUGAUAUCAGUAAGAGAACCUCUUACUGAACUUAAUCUAACAAGUAAUUCUUCAUACACUACCAAAGGUGAUUUACAGGUCAAUGUAACAUGUCAAGGAAGUGGACCAUUUCAGUUGUGUUGGAAAUUAUUCAAGAAAUCACAUCGUCCACUGUUUAACAACUGCUCUUCUUUAUCUGGAAAUUGUAAUUUUCAAAUAAAUUAUACAAUCUCCUAUUCGGGAUCUUAUACUCUGGACGUUUUGGUGUUAAAUUAUGUCAGUUCUGUCAAUCGUAUUCAACACUUCACAAUACUAGGACCAACUCCUAAGCCUCAUCAUAACACUGCUGCAAAGACUGCUAGUGCUGUUGUACCUGUUAUAGUGUGUGUCAUCAUCAUAGUUUUUGUCCUUCUAUUUGUGGCAAAGAAGGUUUACAGUAGCAGGCAUCAUUCAGUGCUUGAAACAGCUGAUUUUGAUUUCAGAGAUGAAGACAAUCGCAGUCUUGAUUCUUUUCCAGUUGAUAAUAAAUGCUGUCAUUCAUUUAGAUUCUGUAGAAGAUUUUCUAAAAGGAAAGAAAAAAUUCCUUUGCUGGAAGAUUUGGGAAGCUCAAAAGCAAGCAAAUCAGCUAUGUACUCUACUAUUUUAUGAACUGUUGAUUAAUAAUAUUACAUGUAUCAUUGAUAUGUGUGUGUAAUACAGAAUUUAAUGCUAUAUAGAUGGAUGCAUUGUGAUGAAGUGUAGUGUAAAUGCAUUAAUGUAAUAUUGAUUGGCAUUAUAAUAUUGCUAAUGUUAGUAAAUAUUAAUAAUCAAUCAAAAAUAUGACCAAAAUAUCAGCAUUUUACCCAAUGAUAUACAUGUAGGACCAACUUGAAAUUUAAUAUUUGAUUAAGAGUUGCUUCUGUAAUUUAUUACCAAAUGAGAAAACUAAUAUAAGGAUGAUUUCAUAUUAUUGUAUAAUAUUUUGUAAUGAACUUAAAGAUGAGAAUAUCUUCAUGUCUGCAGCUUUAAUAAAAAUGCAUAAAUUUAAUAUUUACAAA